AUGCCUGAACUCCCAGGCAUUCAAGAGUCAAAUGUUGAUGCGGUCAUUGGCCACCGACGGAGCAGCCUACCAUUCCCCGCAAUUCGCAUUCCGCAUUCCGCAAUCCUAUCGCCGCGGAGCGAAUUGUCUUCCCAGACGCUUCUUUCCUUCUUCACUCGUGGAAGUCGCGUAGCACGGACUAUGAACCCCAGUCCCCCGAAUCUCCAAUCGCUGUCGCGCGCGACCUCGUCCGGGCGGCCUCCGUCAUCGGCGCGGGGGCCACUGGCCGGAGGUCGUCAUAUUACUCGGAACCGCGCAAGCUACAGUUGCCACACAUGUCGCCGGCGGAAGGUCAAGUGCGAUAAGGUCCAUCCAGUGUGCGGCAAUUGUGCGAAAGUCGGAGAUGAGUGCGUUUACGAUACAUCGUCGCAAAAGAACCAAGAGGUGCCUGAAGAGAUCGCGCAACCAAGCCAUGGAGUAAAACGAAGGCGGGGAGCGCCACGAUCCUGGGAGAAUGAUGUGGACGAGUUACAAACGAUAUAUGGAAACUUAAAGAAUGCAGGCACAUCAAACGAGCCUAAAGCGGACCCGCGUGCCAUUGAGGCCCGAUUGGACAAGUUGAUGACAAUGAUUGAGCGUCUUGGCGGAACUCCUCGGGCUUUAGAAGAAGCAGAAAGACAGGGAGUAGUCGGCUCUAGUGGUGUGGAUGCGGCUCUAUUAGAACAGUUGCGGCAGGGAAGGGCAUCGGGUGGGCGAUUGGUCUCCUCGCGGCCCUCUAGCCCGCGUCGCGCUGGCGCGGAAUCUAGUGGCGAUGAAUUUCCAAUUCCAUCUGGUCAAGCCACUGAUUUGGUCGAUCCAGUUGGGAGCCUGAAUUUGGGUCAUUUGAGUUUGGAGGAUGGUGGUCGGUCAAGAUACGUCGGAACAACUUACUGGGCCUAUAUUUCCCAUGAGAUCAACGAUCUCAACCAACUGUUGCGCGAUCAAAAUCGAUCUCAUGACAUUACUUCUGAAAACGCCGAUGAUGAUACUCAUGAGCCCAUCUUGAAUGAUCGUAGAUCCUGGAAUGGUCCAGGAGGCUCUAUGAGCUCAACCUCGCCCCGACCUCGAAUCGGCUCCUUUCAAAAGUCUAUCAUCUUCCCAUCAGGCGAUUCUCCGUCCAUAAACGAGAAGCUUGUUGAGCCGGAAAUGCUGGAUCACGUUCCGACUCGACGCCAAAGCCAUAUCUUGUAUAAGGGAUUUAUGUCUGGAGUUCACGCAAUCAGCCCGGUAAUCCAUCCGCCCACGAUUUUGAAACUCUAUAAUUCAUUUUGGGAUUGGUAUGACUACAGCAGCUAUUCAGGGGAGUCGUGCCCGAAUCCUUCAUUCAUACCGUUACUCUACGCAAUAUGGUAUGGUGGCUCUGUCACUGUAUCUAUACGGACUCUCAAAGCCGAAUUUAACGCCCCGUCCCGGUUUGCGCUAUCCACUUUGUAUAGCGAAGAGGUCACCCGUUGGUUAACAAAAAUAUCCUUCCCUCGCAGUCCAUCUCUUCAAGGGCUGGCUGCCUACCUCAUCGUGCAGACUAUCUUAUCAAAAGAAGAAGAGCCUUUGACAAGCAGUCUAUUUGUCAGUUUGGCUAUGAGAGUGGCCCAGACAAUGGGAUUGCAUCGGGAUCCAGCAAAAUUUGGCAUUGAGCCAUCUGAAGCAGAAUACCGACGCCGACUCUGGUGGCACAUUAUGCAUAUGGAUGGCGUAGUAGCCAUGUCGAGCGGACUCCCUCCUUUGGUAAGUGACGAGAACUACUGGGAUGUCCGUGAAACAAGUGAAAUCAAAGACACCUUAUUGGGCACCCCGGCUGCCGAACGAUACGAACAGCUUUUGAAUAGUGGACGACUACCAGACAACCCGGAUGAUCCGUCUCUGUGCGGUGGACCAUCGAUGGUGAAUGUUUUCUACCUAACCGCACGGGGCAAGUAUAUCAUGGCCCGUGCUGUUCGUCGAAUCCUGAAAAUUCAGCUUGGCAUUAAGCCUGUUACCCGUCAGGAUAUGGAAGAACUUCGGGCAAUUUUGCUUGAUCUCCAGCUGAAGUUGAACUCGAUCGUAAGCAGAAUACCUGAGGGCCAUUCUUCUAGCAGUGCACCUGUAUCUAUGGGCAGAGAAUUAUCCAUGUCCAAGUCUCCAGUAGAGUCCCGGUCCACAGAUACCGAACUCCCAGGUGAAGGGCCAAAUUGCUGUCCAGAGCAAUACCAUUCUAGCGUUCUCGUCUGUUUCCACAAGUGGGCGAGGAUCAUUCUCUCCUUGUAUAUCGAUAAGGCAUUCUGUGUCGCCUAUCAACCUUUUCUCAAAAAUGCUCGCAGUAGGAUAUGGCCCGCGGCGCGGCAAAGUGCCCUUCGUCACUGCCACGGGUUUAUGGAAAAGUUCAUUCAGCUUGCGACGGACCCGGACUUUCAACCAUUCCAAUGGAGUUGGCCUGGAAACCACCAGCCGAUGCAUGCAACAAUGAUCAUGCUCAUCGAUUUAUACGAACGUCCCUAUAGUCCUGAAGCGUCCAGGUCUCGUGCCUUUAUUGACCGCAUAUUGGCUUUGUCCGGGCCUGAUGGAGGUGUUGUCGGUGGUGAAGACGGUGUCUCAACGCAACGGCCUCUAAAGGAUGGCGGUCGUGAAGCCUGGGACAUGAUCCGACGUCUCCGCCAAAAGGCAUGGCAAAAGGCCGGCUUGAACCCACAAAUGCUUUGGACUGAGCAGGAUCAAAUCCAAGCAGGAGUCGCGUCACCGGCGGCCGAGCCUCAACCUUUCCGUGGUCCCCUCUACUCCAAUCCUCCAUCAAAUGCCGCGUCGCCAAUAGUUUCAGGCGGUCCUCCACGCCAGGCUCUGGUCCCAGACCGCCAACUCACAGACUUCAAUCGCCUGUUCAACAACAUGACCCGCUCCCAUAUUCCCUCAGGUCCAUCGAUCUCAUCGGCUUUACCCCGGCCGAGCCCCUUGCGGUACUCCUACCAAGCCCCGCCAUCCUGUCAACGCCCUGUGUCUCUCCCAUCCCAGUACAAUCCCACCCCGGCAGCCAUGGCUAUGCCAGGCUCGAGCGCUCUGUCGCCGUCCAGUGCCAUGGCAACCUCGCCAGAGCUAUCGUCCUCUAUCGGAUCGCCCCCUUCAAAUUACUCUCCAACAACAGCCGCGCCCGCAGUUCCGACCGCUCAAUCCCCACGACCGCACUUAAACAGGCCCAGCUCUCCGCAGAUGCCCUUUAUGGAUCCAAUCUCACCUAACCCCCCAUCAAGGGGAGUCCCCACUCCCCCUCUAUGGUGGACCCGAAUCUCAAUUUCGAUUGGGAUCAAUGGGACGCUGUGUUUGGGCAGCAUCUUCCCGUUGCUGAUGAACUCAUGGAACUAG